CGAUCGCGAGCGAGCGGGCAGGAGCGUGGCCGCGAGUGACUAGUGGGAGCGCCUGUCACGCCGCGUCCUUGAUCGCACGGGCUGAUAGGAGACGCGCUCUCAGCGGCCGGGCUCCCCGGGUAGCAGGCGAGGGGGCGCCAGGGUCUGGGCAUGGCUGUGGGAUGUAGUCCAGAUCUCCGUGACUGGGGUGGGCCGGGAGUCGAUGAUUUUGGAAAAGGCGACGCCUGAUGCCGCGACUUGGGUCUGGGGCCCCGUGUCAGUGUCACCCCCGCCCAGCCGGCCUGCUCCUGCAGGUUUGAUUGCUCACCGUGGGGCGCCUUGUUAGCUUUUCCACUGUAGGACUUUCUAUACAUCUGGAACCUGGCGAAGUUACGAUCGCCGAUUAUUAACCAUGGCCUAAAAUCCUUGGGUUGAAAACCAUGGGUCCGUUUGACCCCAGGGUGAUUUCUUCAAAGUUGGGCUCCAGAUCCCAGCGUGCACGUGUAUUGGAAACAUCGCCGGGCCAGGUGGCAGUCGGGAGCUGGGAUCCUGUGCUGGGUCUCCCAGGAACUGUGGGAGGGGCUUCCAUGAAGAAACGACGGACCGGUGUGAUUGCCAUCAUGGAAUCUCCUUGCUAGCCGGCAGCACCUACUCUCCUUGCUAGCGGGCGAGAGAGGGGUCAGCGAGAGGGAAACGAGGUCAACAUGAAGCUGAAGCAGCGCGUCGUGCUGUUAGCAAUUCUCCUCGUCAUCUUUAUCUUCACCAAAGUCUUCCUGAUUGACAACUUAGACACGUCAGCCGCCAACCGGGAGGACCAGAGGGCUUUUCACCGAAUGAUGGCUGGCUUGCGGGUGGAGCUGACACCCAAGCUGGACCACACCUUGCAGUCCCCCUGGGAGAUUGCAGCCCAGUGGGUGGUUCCCCGGGAAGUGUACCCGGAAGAGACACCAGAGCUUGGGGCAAUCAUGCACGCCAUGGCCACCAAGAAAAUCAUUAAGGCUGAUGUGGGUUAUAAAGGGACACAGCUGAAGGCCUUACUGAUCCUUGAAGGAGGCCAGAAGGUCGUGUUCAAACCUAAGCGGUACAGCCGAGACCAUGUGGUGGAGGGGGAACCGUACGCCGGUUACGAUAGGCACAACGCAGAGGUGGCAGCCUUUCAUUUGGACAGGAUUCUGGGUUUCCGCCGAGCGCCGCUGGUGGUUGGCAGGUUUGUCAACCUGCGGACAGAGAUCAAGCCUGUGGCCACGGAGCAGCUGCUGAGCACUUUCCUGACUGCAGGGAACAAUACUUGUUUCUAUGGGAAGUGUUACUACUGCCGAGAAACUGAGCCAGCUUGUGCCGACGGGGACAUGAUGGAAGGGUCUGUGACCCUGUGGCUUCCGGACGUGUGGCCUCUGCAGAAACACCGGCACCCAUGGGGCAGAACCUAUCGAGAAGGCAAAUUGGCCAGGUGGGAAUACGAUGAGAGCUACUGUGAUGCUGUGAAGAAGACGUCCCCUUACGACUCCGGCCCGCGCCUCCUGGACAUCAUUGACACAGCCGUCUUCGAUUACCUGAUUGGCAAUGCCGACCGCCAUCACUACGAGAGCUUUCAGGACGACGAGGGCGCCAGUAUGCUUAUCCUUCUCGACAAUGCCAAAAGCUUUGGGAACCCUUCGCUGGAUGAGAGAAGCAUCCUUGCCCCUCUCUAUCAGUGCUGCAUCAUUCGGGUUUCCACCUGGAACAGACUGAACUACCUGAAGAAUGGCGUGCUGAAGUCUGCCUUACACUCUGCCAUGGCCCACGACCCCAUCUCGCCAGUGCUGUCCGAGCCUCACCUGGACGCCAUGGACCAGCGGCUCCUCAGCGUCCUGGCCACCGUGAAGCAGUGCACCGACCAGUUUGGGAUGGACACUGUGCUGGUGGAAGACAGGAUGCCUCUCUCCCACUUGUAACCCUCCACACUUUUUACAAAGAUAGAGAAAGAGCACAAUCCAUUCCGCGUGGGCCGAGACGGACUGGACGUGGCCAGCAGCAAGUUCCGCGCCGGGCUCAGGGUGGCCCGGGCGUCUGUGGCGUGUGUGCAGUACAGGCGGCGGCAGGGCGCGCAGGGGGCGGAGCACGGCGAGCUGCUGGCCGAGUCACCGCCUGCCGGCCCGCCCCCGCAGCCGCCCCGCCCAGCCGUGGGCCUCAGAGCUGGUCAGUCCUCGCUCCGUGGCAAAGGACAGACCGAGGUGUGGCAUGUGGACAGGCGGAUGCGGGAACCGCUCUGGGGUUCGAGUGUGUGUUGUUAGUUUGAACUUUGCAGUCCUGUGUCCACGCCUGUGGAUUUCAUGGAAACACUUUGCAACCUCUUGCAUCUUUUUUUUUUUUUUUUUUAACAAGUCAAAUUGGAAAGCUUACCGCCUCCUGUGGAGUGGUGGCAAAUAAAACCUGGGUUCUGUCAAGCCGGAGCAGCACGCGCUGUCGAAGGGAUGGAACUGGAUAGAAUCGGAGGGGAAGGCCCAAGCAGGAGGGUGGUCAGGCUUUCUGUGACUCAGCAGUCACUAGGAAGGGGAGGAGGGAGCCACUUGGUAGAGCCAGAAUGGAAGCGAUUCAGCCGGUGAGAAACAGGUUCUGUUCCGGAUCUUACCGCUGUAUAAACACCAAACAUGACUUCGCACCUGCUUCUGCUGCUCUUUCCACAGUUGAAUCCAAAUUCACCCAAAAAUUUUUCUCAAGAAAACAUUGUUAGGGCCCGACAUGAAUCUCUUAGGGAAACUCAUUUCUUUUUCUUCUCGCCUAAAGCAAGCAAACCUUUCCCAGGCCACCAAAGCAGACUGAAGUAGGACUGGGGCAGGAGCCUGUCCGGCCGCCUGUGACCUCGGCCAUCCUUGUUGCUCUUCUGAAGUGAGUCCCCCCUCCGCCUUCAAGGCGUUUGGUCACCACAGCAGCUGCUCCCACGAGGUCGGCAGCCCUGUUCGUGCCAUUCCCGUGCGGAGAGGCAGCGCACUGUGCAGGUGAUGGCGUUCCCCUUGCCGGUAGCCAGACUGACCUGCGACUCGGGCCGUGCAGGGCCCUGGAAGCAGAAGGUUAAGCCUCCUGAGCCUUUGGAAAUCAAGGACGCUGGCAGGACGGAGCCUAAAGGUGUGACCCCUGUCAGAUCCGCCUUCACUGUGGAGUCCUGAACUCGAGCUCGUGGUGUCCUCCCAGCUCUGCUUAGCGCUCUCGAGUUGGCUGAAACAUGGUUGAGUUCCGUGUUCUGGCAACGUGAUUGUGACACGUGACACCUGUAGACUACAGGGCCAGAGGAGCACAGGCCUGGUGCGGCCCCUCCCACGUGGACUCAGAGCCGCAGGCCUUGCUUUCUUUUAAACAUUGUGGCCACACAAACUAAGUGCCAGCCAUGGGAGGCCAGUUGUGGGCAGCCACCCCUUCAAAAACAGCAUCAACACUCGGGCCCCAGUUUUCUCACUUUGAAAGAACAAUGAGUAACCUGUAACUACUUUAAGCAGCAUGAAAUCAAGCAGCUUUUUUUACUUUUAUAUGCUGAGAUGAGCUGAUAGAUAGCAGCACACCAAACUGAAGUUAAGAGUUGACAGGAGACAUUCAUCCCUGCUUGUGCGUGGCCAGAGGCCUUGACAGUUCAGUUCAAGGAUACCUAGGGCAGUGGUGCUGCAGAGUGCUGGGACCCAGCUGGUGGGCGGCAGGAGGAGAGACGGCGGCUCUGCCUGCCCUCCUUAGUCAGUGCUCGCUGAACCCCGUAGGGCUUGGUGUGCUUUCAGACCUGAUGCCUUCAGAGUGCCACGCCGAACUGAACCCGUAGCUGCCCUCCGCCUGGGGACUCCGGUCAUCGCCCUGCAAGCGGCAGAGGCUGCUAGGCAACAAGGCAGGAGAGAACGCUCUGCCUCGCACACUGUCUCCCCUUUUCCUCAGCGCAUUUGCAGAAAAUUUAUAUCAUUCGCGCCCCUACAGUUUCCUAACUGAUGCUGCUAGAAGUGGUUCAAGUUAGAGUGGUGCGGCAUGAUGCUGAACGCAGAAAUGUGUGUCUUCAGUCAGAAUGGGCUGGAGCUGGAAGACUCUGUGUAGGCAAAUCUUGGAGGGAAAAAAGCUAAUAACCCUAAAAAUUCACAGACGCAGAGAUCUAUUUGGGAAAAAGAGGAAGACACCUUUUUGCAACGUUUUGUGACCCUGCCCUCUGUGAGUCAGUCGUUAGGAUCUAAGGCCAUCACAGGCAGGUCGCUGGGGGGUAGGGGUCAGCGCUGACGUUUGGACGAGCAAGGUUAGUUACAGGGUUUCCUUCUAAAGCCGUUGGCUGGUUUGAGGCUGCAGUGUGGGCCGGGAGGGGCACAGUGAUUCCGGACAGUGGAGUCGUCCUCGCUCAGAGGGUUGUUGGGUGAUGUGUCUCCCUGUUUGUGCCGGGGUGAAUGUCAGAGGGAGUUGAAGUUCAAGGUGGGUUCCUUUGUGUUGAAUCCCAUCCGAAACAGUUGCUCAGUGUCACCGGAUGGCAGCGCUGUUUUCUAAAGAAAUCCCUCUGUUCUUAAAGGCAGGCAAGCCCUGGCCUCCCCUGCAGCCUCUCCUGUGUGUGCUCCCUGAAUUCGGUUUUAAUGGUAAAGCAGCCGCCGGGGCCGCAGGCAGCAGCACUAAAGGCGUGUGUGUGUGUGUGUGUAUAUAGUCAUGUAUGUGUUCUUGCAGGAAAACGUAUUUAUUUUGACACAGGGAAACACUGACCUUAACGUCGCUGGUAAGUGGCUCUCUCCUCAGUCCCUGGGCGUGGACCCCGAGGGACAGAACCACGGUGCAUCCCGCAGACACGCCUGCAGCGAGCCCGCCGCGCCAGCCCCGGCCCGCGAGCCAGGAGCUGCUUCUCCCGGGGCGGCAGCCGUCCUCCCUCGACUGCGCACGUCUCGGUGGAAAGUAGGGGCUGGACGCUGUGCUGCCACCGGGUUUUCAGAACCGAGGUGUUCCUCGCGCACAGAAUGUCGGGGAACUGGGGAGCGCUUACUGGGAAGCUAAUUUAUUUGCUUACAGGGGAGGGGUAGGAACCACUGCCCUCUGUUCUGAUCCGCCAAGGAUUCCCUCUGGGAGCUUCUGCGCAAAUAGAGGUUGUACUUGGUGAGACCCCAGACGAGACAGAUAUGCACCUAAAUUUCUAAUGUGUUCCAUGGGUUUCGAUUCUGACAAAAAAAUGAAUAAAGAUUUUAAUAAAUA